ACCAGCGAAACGGGCCACUUGUUUCGACAUGUUGAAACCUUGUUUCGUGGAUUUUAAUCAGCAUACAGAGUCUUUAGAGCCUCUGGUUACUACAUUUCCGUGGAUAACGACAGCGUAACAAGCUAAAGGUUAAGAAGUCUGGCAUAUUUUAUAAGCUGUACGUGUUUCGGUAUGUAGCUUGUGUUUCAUCAACAGAGAUUGAUAUCUUUACUCAGUAAAUGUAUCCUGUGGAUAUUUCGUCUACCUGAAUUAACAACCUUGCAAAUUGUUUCCCUGCUACUCUCCGGGCCAUACAGGAGGAGUGUUUUGUUUACAACCAGUGGAAAGUGUUUAUCUUGACAGCCCAGUCAGCCACUAGCUGCUUAUCAUCAGUAAUAGACCUCACCAGCGUUUCUAGCUGCUGUUUGUGUCUUGUUUUCGUACGAGGAGGACUUUGCGUUUUCAGUCGUUCAGCACCGUUUCCACCAGGGGACAUCUAGUCAGCUGUUUGUAAAUGUGAUCUGAGCUGAGAAGCUUGUGUGUGGGCAGGCUGAAAAUAUGGAGGCUGUAAGACCAAAGAAGACAAAGACAAAAAGCAGCGGAAAAAAUCAGCUGGUCAGGAAACAGAAGCAGGAAGAGGAAGACAAAAGAGCUGCAUCUCCCUCAGCUCUCUGUGAUGAGGCCUCCAUCUCUAGCUUCACUGAUAUCCCCCUCAGUCUGCCACAUCAGGAGCCCGAGGAGGAGGAGGAGCAGCAGCAAGACCCUGUUCAGUGCCCUGAGACCACAGCACAACAAUCACAUGUGACUGAGAAACAGCAGACCUCCUCAUCACAGACUUUAUCCACAACAGUAAUAAGUAAGACUUCAGGGUCAACUAUUACAUCACUGAGUACUGUUCAUCUGACAGAGGAGGAGGAGGAGGAUGAUGGAGUUGCUCAGGGGGCUAAGCUUAGAGUCACAGAACAGACCACUGACACAGAGUCAUGGAAUCAGCCGUGUGUUUCAGCUCAGUUUCAGAUCCCUAAUGCACCGAGUGCCCCUGCAUUGUACCCCUCUCUCCCGACACUGGAGGAGGGCCCUGUGAUGCAGCUCUAUGAGGAAGCUGUGAAUAACAUGGAAAAGGGACCUGCUGUGUUGGCCCUUCCUGAGCAGGAGUCAUCCCCUCCCAGUUUGCAGCCUCUGGAGUCUGUAGCUGAACUUUCUAAGAGCAAACUGUACCCAGAAUUACCCAAAACAGCUCCAGAAAUUCAGCCGUUCUCACUGGAGCAGCUGGGUGUCUGGGAGCCCGCCGGAGGUCUGCGAACUUGGUUGGAAGGUGUUGAAGUUUGCGCAGUGCAGUUCUGCGCACUAGCCCGGCAGGAGAACCAUGAACUGACUGAGCUGCUGCAGAACUACUGGCGCUGCCGCAGGCAGCUGACCCAGUCACACACACAGCUACACACACAGUCGUCUGACUGCAAGAGUACGCAGAAUCGACUGUGGAGCUUCAGAGAUGAACAGCUUACACUUCAGGGUGUGUGUGCAGACCAGUCUAAAGUGUGUGGGUACCAUCGCUUCCAGCAGGCUGAGUUCAGUCAGAGUGUGCUGGCUGAGCUGAGUCGAAUCUUUGAAGUUCGCAGUGAGCUGCUACAUCAGAAGGUGGCGCUACAUGCAUACACUGCUCUGCUGUCACGUCUGCAGGUGGAGUCAUAUUUGUUUCGUCUACUGAAAGAUUAUUCUGGUAGCAAAACACAGCCGUGUUCUUUCAAACCCUUGAAGGAGGCCAUCAGUGUCCUGUUCAGCUUCAUACGCAGAGUGCUGGAUGACACCCAGUUUCAGACUGACAUCCAUCACUGGCUGGAGAGACUGGUUGCAGUUCUGCUGCAUGUUGGAGGGUCAGGAGAGCACCUGUACCUUCUGUGCCAUCUGCUGUGCUGUCCUGCUUGGGUUGGCAAGUGGGCUUCAGCCUUCCUUCAGAUCCAGGUUUGGGGGAACGUAAACGGAGUGCAGCACUUUAUGCAAGCUCUGGCUGUCCUAAUGUCACCUGCCAGACAACGUGCAGAGUUUCUAGGACAUCUAAAGCCUUGUGAGAGCCAGAGCUCGGCAGCUUCUGGAUCUGAGUCUGGAAACUGGACGUUAGUGGAUGAAGGAGGAGAGGAGGACGAAGACCCAGACAGCAGCUGGCUGUUGCUCUGUGAGGAAGAUCUGAUUUCUCUGCUUAACCAGUUUCCUUUCCAGCAGCUGUAUUCGCAAAUGCUGGGGAUGAGCAAGCUAGGUGUGUAUGAACCUCAGGCCUGCUCCAGUCAGAAGAUGAUGCGUGUUUUUGCUUUUGCGUCCUCACUCAUCGAAAUUCUUGCUCUCGGACUUCAAACCUACAACCGGGCACGAUACAGACAGCUGGUGAAGCGAAUAGGACACAUCAUACGGAUGACAGUGUGCUACGUCAGUGAUCAUUGGGCCCAGUAUGUGAGUUUAGCUGGGCCUGUUGGAUCCAGCUCACACUCUCUGUCCUUGGACAAACUGCAGCUGGAAUAUGACCAUCUCUUCCUCAGAGCUGUUUUACAUGUUCUCAGAAACAAAAGGUUGGGCAUUUGGUUGUUUAUGUCUGAGAUGCCUUAUGGGACCUUGUCCAGCUCUAUGCUGUGGAAAGUCCUUUAUGCUAUGCAGUGUGCAGAGACAGCAGGACUGGAAAAACUCUACACUGCUUGCAGCACACAAUCCUGCAUUCAGGCUCUUAGAGACACAGAGCAGCAGGAGAGGUUCGAGCUCUGGCUGUGUGAAGUGAACAGCUCUGAUGGCAUCUCCCUUCUCACCGCACUCGCACACAUGGCCACACCAACUCAGCACUCUGACCCUGCAUUCAUUACAACCAUAACUCUGCUGGUUUACCAGGUGUCAUAUGUCAGUAUGUCUACCAGAGAAACUUACUCUAAAGUCGGGAGAGAGUUGCUGGCUGCCAUAGCAACAGUCCAUCCUUACGUUGUCUCUGUGCUCCUGGAGAGACUGAGAGAGACCAUACAAAGUGUAGGAAUGGUGGCUCUGUACUUGUGCAAAGAACUGCCUCUGAGUCUGUGGCAGCCGCGUCCAGAGGAAAUAUGUGUGAUCGGGUCGUGGCUGCUCCAGCAUCCUCUCUCUGCUGUGGAGAACCGACUGGCUUGUGUCAUACUGGAGGGUCUGAACUGGGGAUACACAGAGGAUGGCUCCUUGGCCCUGUCUUCAUCUCUUCACAGUGAAGUGGCUCUGCUGGUGGCUGAAGCCUAUCAGAAGUACCUGACAGACAAACCGUACAGUGGCCUCAUAUCAGAGGGCAUCAAACAGGUGUCUUACCUGGCCAGUGUUCUACGUUUGGGUGUAUCUCCUGAAGCUUCAUUUAGUCAAUGGGCAUGGCAACUGUUGUUAAGGCUGAAGCUCCAUGGCAAUGUACAGAACCCUAAAGGAGCCUGGUCGGUCCCUGCUUUGGCGUCCAACACACCUCCUGAGCUCAUGCACAGUCCCAGCAUGCACUCUGUUAUCAGGGCUGUAAAAGCUGGCAUCCCCAUUGGAUGUUACCUGUCCAUUGCCAUGACAACUGCGGGACAUAGUCUGGAACAUUUUUGCACUGAUGGAGUCAGUUUGCUGAAGAGUCUGAUUCAGUCUCGACACCUGAGAGCUGCUGUGCAUCUUCUCGACAACAUUCUACCCCCGACCUACCCACUCAGCUUCUACCUGCUCAACAACUCUCAGUUUGUAAGUUGCAUCCAGCUGUUCUUGCAGUGCGACAGCGUGUGUCCUCAGGGUGUCACACAGCAGGUGACUCACCGGGUAGCCCCGCUCCUCACAGGAACCACCUAUGGAGACAAUGUCCGACUGCUGAGCAGCGUGAUUCAGAGUCAUGUGGUGGAGAGUUCGCAGCCCGGCCGUGUUGGAGUUGCAGCUGUCCUUGAGUUUUGGGUGGGAAUUUUGACUCAGCAGAACCUGUGGUACCGGGACAAAACAGUCCUGUUUCUCAUGGAUCAGAUCUGCUGUUCUGCGUUCAUACACCAUCAGGAGGAAUGUGUGCAGAAACUUCUGUACCAACAGCAUAAGAAUGCCUUGGGUUACCACGGAGAUCGGGGUCUGCUCUCCUCUCUGGUUGGCUGGAUUGCUGGAAAUGCUACACCCUCUUUCAUAGAGGGUCAAUCCCUGAGUGUAGAGGUUUGGUUUGCCUGGCUCGUUCUGAACAUGGAGGGAAUAUUUGAGGAAGAUUCUCAGCUGAGACGUUGUGUUGAACAAGAGCUGCUGGCAGAGUCCAACAUUACCCCAGAACAAGCCUUAAAGAAAGCCCAGCAGAGGUUGAAGUUGCCAGUAGCACCAUCUCUGCAGAGGCUGCAGGUGUAUCGCUGGGCGUGUCAGGCCUUAGUCACUCCUCUUGACCAUCAGCUUCUCCCCCUGGUCUGGCAGAAAUUCCUUCAGCUCUACCUCAGACAACCAGGACCUGAGUACGGGCUGGCUGCAGGUGGAUGCAUCGGCCGCAGGUUCUUCCAGGCCUCUCAUCAGGCUGCUUUACUCAGAGACCUGAGACAGAGGAUACAGGAGGUGUCUGACUUCCACCAUGUUGCCAGCCAGGCCCUUAGGGUGCCUCCAACACACACGCCUUCAUCAGACAGCCAAGGCGACGAGAGCCCGGACAACCCCCAACCCCCUUACCUCACUUCUCCUCAGCUACAUACAGAGCUGGUCAGGUUGUUUGGUGUAUUUGCUGUGUGGUUGGAUGAUGAGACUUUGCAGAAGCAGGAAGUUUACCUCCCCUCUCUUCCUCCUGAGUAUGAACCACACAGACUGGCACAAGUCAUGCAACGGCAGCAGGCACUGUGGCUGGAGUUUGUGGACCAGGAGCGUCUGCGGUAUGAUGAGAGAGAGGUUAUGUCUCUGUGGGAAAAGGUGCAGAGUGAGCCGACCUUCUUGCAGGCCCAAAACCCCAUCUUUAUAGACAACACCAGCCUAAGCAAUGCAAGAGAGCGAAUCCUGUCCAACCUGCAGAAGCAUCCAGUUCCCCGGUUAGCUCCCGAGCUGCAGCAGCAGAAAGCUCCAGUAGCUGAAAUCCCCAUCACAUGUCUCACUGACUCUAAAGCUGCUGCUAAACUGGUGCAGCAGGACCUGAGCACCCUGCAGGACCAGGCCAGAAUCGCAGUGGCACGUGAAGCCCAGCAGGUGGCGUUGGAGCAGGAGCUGCUGGAGAGUCUUCCUCUGCUGUAUAAAAACCAACCCGAGCAAGUCACCAUGGCCUUGGAGUGUAAAGGGAAGGGAGGGCAGCCGUGCCAGGGACCUGCGAACAUAUCAGUCACUUGUGAGCGCGUCCAGAGACAAGACGCAGUGCAGACACAGAUAACAUCACUGCGCAGGGACAUCAAGAAGCUUCAAAUCGACUCCAUGGCUCCUCCACCACAAAGCCUGGCCCAGGCAGCUGUCCACACUGAGAACUUUAUCACGGCUCUGGUGAAUUUGUACAAGCUACAGAAGUCUCCAGCAGCGCAGCAGGUUGGCGUGGCUGCUUUCUACCAGGUGGUCUCCUUUGUGUGCGAAGACACACUGCGUCAUCCCCCAACACGGCAGUACCUCUCGUCGUGUGUGGAGAUACUGGGACAGGUGUUUAUCCAGAAUAAUUCAGAGGAAUGUGGCCGUGUCCUGAAGACCAUCCUGGAGCAGAGGCGUCUUUGCCCCCUCAUGUCCCCCUUCUUCACUCCCAACGCGGCUCCAAAUCAGCUCGUCUUUCUCUACCAAGACGUUGUAACUUCUUUACACCUGGACAGUGCAGAUGUCAUUUUCAUGCUGCUCACAAAGUUUGAUUUGUCUCAGUGGUUGAAUGAGACUCAUCCUGUGUUUGCGGAGAGAACACGACUGCUGGAGUUGGUCCAUGGAGCUCUCUGCGUAUGCGGUCGAGACCCUGAGCCUGAAAUCUUAACGCCUUUUCACCUCUUCACCAAACACUGGACCUGGAUUUUACGCCAUCAUUUCCCUGAUCACUACAGUGACUGCCUGCGUCUGCUUAUGACCAGCUCCUCAAACCAGUUACUGAGUCCAGAGUGCUGGAAAGUCACUCUGCGUGUCCUGGGCUGUUUACCACCCCUCCGCAACAUCAAGAUCAAAACUGAACAAUCCCCGGGCACCACUGAUGCCCCCAGCCGCGCUCUUGUGUCCUCAGCUUCUUCACACAGAGCACCCAUGGGCCUCUCCCCCCAGCAGGUGGAUGAGACAGUGGAUUGGCUGAGUGAUUACUUCCUGCAAAGUCGUCUCAGUAAACAAGAACUCCGCAGCUUCGGCCUCUACUCAGCCUGGACACCUUACAUCACAGAGGUGGUUUCUUUCUGGGAACAUUUGAUCAGCUGUUCGAUCAGCAUGCAUCUCAGCAGUUGUGCCAGAGAGUCAGUGGGCAGCGGCAAAAUCCUGAAAGCUCUGCAGGAUCUCCACAGUAAGAUUGUGAAGCUUUUUACGCCUUGGAUCUUUCCUCUGGACACUGAGGACAGCAGUAACCUCAAGUGUUACCCCUGGCUGGAGACGGAUGCUAGUGCAGCAGGAAGUCUGGUCAGCCUGUACGCACAACUCUCCGACACACUGCAUCACAAGUUCAGAGAUCGACUGCUCCCUGGUCAGAGAGGAGCGCUGUGGCUGUGUAUGAUGCAGUACUGUGAGAGCUGCACCUCUCCCCGUACACCCGAAUACCUUCUCUACCUGUACCACACGCACCUCCGGAGUCUGCCAUGGAGUCACCUGCACCCUGACACCCAGCUCAUGCAGCAACUCUUUAACGUGGAGAGAGGAAGUCCAAAGAGCUGUUUCCUCUUCCUAGGAGAAGUUUUAUGUGAAGUGAACUGGGUGAGCGUCCUCAGUGACCACUUACAUACGCCCCCCAUCUCUACAGUGUAUCCAGCUCUACCUGACAAGAGUGCUAACAAGGAGUCACAUACCAUGUUAGUCUAUCUCCUUUACAUGCUGGUUUUUCUGGCCAUGGAGGAACAGCUCCUGAAACAACAGGACUCCCCUCUGCUCAGUCUCCUCGUCCAGUCCGCCUCUCUGCCCUGGCACCAGGUGGACCUGUCCUCAUACCAGGGCAUUCUGGGAUAUGUUAGCACCUACUACCCUCCAUCUCUGCUGCUCAACACGGAUUCUGCGCCUCAGAUGCUUCUGAAAUCACUGCGCGGUGCUGCUGGGCUCAACCCCCGUCCGAGUGAAGUACCACACAGGGAGGAGACGCUGAAAGCUGGAGUGUAUCUGGGCUGGUGUGUUCAGUCUUUGGUGACUCUGGAACAGGGAGGCAGCAUCAGCCUCAGCAGCCUGGAGGCUCAGCUGGAGGCGCUACUGGAGAGCAUUGUAACAUUCAACCCACCUGAGACUGGUUUGGAACAGAGGCACAUGGCGUUCUGCAGCCUGUUCAGCGACGCUCUGGCUCUGCUCAACGGCGUGGGCGUCUCCACAGGCGAGGCGCUCACUGCUCAUGUCAUCACUUGGCUGGACAGGAAGGGGAGGGGUCUUCCUACUCUGCCUCUUCUCACAGCUUGUUCCCGUUGUCUCGCAUCAGUGCGACACAUGACACGCAUCAUGGAGGCAUGCAUUGCAGCCUACUUCAAUCAUGCUGAGGAGGAAUCUGUGGGUUGGGGUCCUGUGUUAGCAUCGCUGCAGGUGCCUGAGCUCACAGUGGAAGACUUCCUGUCCGAGAGCCAAUCAGGAGGCAGUUUCCUGACACUCCAUGCCUUCGUCUUGCAGCGUCUCAACUCUGAAUAUACUGCAGCCAAUGAGAAGAGGAUGCUGGCUCUGAUAAACACAUGGACCUACACAGUCUUCCCCAGUGGUCCGGGGGAUGAAGCCAAGCUGUUUCUUUGGUGGCACAAAGCGCUGAAUCUGUCAGCAGAACAGAUGAAGCCGCAGGCCGGCCAGACUGAAGUGUUAGGAGUUGUUCUGGGUCUGUUGAGGUUACAAACUAGGCUGCUUCAGCUGGGAGAGGAGAGGCUGAACUCCGGGCUGUUAGGAGCUAUAGGCCUAGGGAAGAGGUCUCCUGUUUCUAAUAAGUUCAGGGUGGUGGUACGCAGUCUGGCAGCAUUCCUUUCAGUACAAGUUCAAUCAGAGACCCAGCUGCGACUUCAGCCCACAGCAGACAUGGAGCUCACUGCCAAAGCCCAGCAAACGCUCGGGGUAUUGGAGGCCAUGACCAGCAAUAAACAGUAUGCUGAGUUAGAGGACUCCGUGAAUAAAGCAGUGCAGUUCAUCCGCUACCCAGGACACUGUCUCAGAGAUGGACCCAGACUGCUGUCCCUGCUAGCCAACCUACUAUACCCUGAACUCAGAUACCUGCACAUCAUCCGCUAGUCAGGACCUAAACUAAAACUCAUGCUGAAAACCCUGGAAGAUGUUAGUCUUCUGGCAAAAAACUGUGACAGUUAACCUCAGUUCUGUACAGAAAAGAAAAAGACUUCUGGGGCACACAGUUUCCAAGUAGUGACCCUGGUACUGAGCUGCUUUGAAAACUGCAAGAGCUACAUGUUGGAAGACAGACAGAAACUGACUAUUCAUCAGAGCUCGCUAUGCAUUUGUGAAAAUCACUUUUUAACAGGUAAUGUUCAAUGAAGGGUGAUGAAUUCAGUCAGAUGCACAAGAUGUCAUGAGCUAACCCCUUAUCGUUGUUUUAUUCUCUCCUGUUAAGGCCUUAUUGCUUUUAUAUGACUUGCCAACACAUCUGUUCUAAUCUUGAUUUGAGAGGAAGUUGCACAUAUUUAUUGAAUCAGAAUUAGGCUUUAGGUGUCAGUUUCACAACUAAACGUGGAAUCUAAUAAAAGAUGAAGGGUCCAUAGAUUAUAUAGAGGACUUUGAAGGACAUAUCUAAUACUCCUAUACGUUUAGUAGCACCUUCUUAAAAAUGGGUGGGGGACAUACCAGGGAAGCUUGAAGGCAGGGUUUCGUGCCUGACACAAGUUAGCUUUGGAUGCUAGCAUGUAGCUGCAAGCUUCAAUCUUCACAUAUGAAUACAGUGUCUGCCUGAAUGAAGUGAUCCUGCUUAGUAACAGGACAUGCCAUUAUAAUUCCUAUUUUCUGCCAACAGUGCUUUCAUGUUUUCUGCCAAAGAGAUGUUAUUUUAGUUCUAUGAGCCACUUAGAUCUUCUUGACCAUGCACCCUGGUUAUUUCAUCUUUCACUGUUCGGGAGAUAGAACUGCUGUCUGAAAAAAACACACCAGAAGAAACACUCUAUAGAAGUGCCGCUUAAUCUGUGCUUCACCAUUUGGCUCCCUUAUAAAGCAGUAUGUGCUGUAAUACCAGCUGCUGAUGGUGCUGGUACUACUAAAACAGCAGGUAUGUACAGUAAUGUGAUGGGAGCUAAAUCAUAUGUGGACUUGGAUACACAAAUGGUAGUACAUGUUUUAGGUUAAAAGCACAGUGUGAUUCAGAUUUACAAACUGUACUGUACAUCCAACACUCUUCUCCUCUGUUUAAUUACCCUUGGCAGUUCACCACUUCUGUUGCUCUGUGCCGUCUCAAUAAUAAUCGUGCUGCACUUCUGCUGCCUGAAGCUCGCCUUAUUGCCUGUGUUCUGUGGCGACCGUUAAUGUCAGAAGUGCUGCUUUUUCAUGAGUCAGUGAUCAGGAAUGGGUCUGUGGGGCUUCUGGGGGAGGGAGAAACAAAGUGGAGGGGGCUGCAGAAAGAAAACAUGUUCAGUAAAGGGAACUUUCUGUCUCUGCUGGUUUUUACCAAUUUAACCAAGUGAUUAAGGACUAUAUGCUGUGAAGUACAUGUAGUAACUGGAAUAAAAAAAAGACUGACAUAUACUACCUGGAUGGAUCACAUUAGGACACAGCUAUAUGCAUCAAGAACAAGCAAGAGACAAAAUAGAGCCAAGCAGCAUAAUAGAAUACAUUGUGCAACAACCCAACCUGCAAUCUGCAUUCUCCAUGCAUAACAAUGCAGAUGGUCAAACUGAAAUUAAAGCUUCAUUGUCUAAGAGGA